UUAAAUAAUGGAUAACCGAUUAGAAAGAAAUGUCAAUAAACUUAUGGAUCGUUAUAAGAAAACAAGUCAAUAGAUAGACUAGAUCAUGUAAUAUGAGCCAACUCCUCAAUAACCUGUCUCAUAUUUUAUAGGUAGAUCAAGACCAAGUAAACUUAAUGAUGAUGAGUAAUCUAUUCAUCAAAAAUAGUAGAGAUGAUUCUUCAAGAGAAAGACGUAGAUAAAGUGGAUCUUUAGAACAAAUUAGUAGACUUAGGGAAACAUUAAAUGCUAAAGAUUUAUAAGAAAGAGAAAAAUAUGAAAGAAUAAGAAUCUUGAAUAAAGAAUUAAAAGUAUACUCUUAUUUUAUUCAUUAGAUUACACUUAAAGAAUAUAUGACUGUUAAUAAAGAAUUAGAAGGUAAAUUAUCAGCUAAGGAUAAAUAAAUUAAAGCAUUAGAAUAAGAAAAUAGAUAAUUAUUGGAUUCCAUUAAUAAGGGAGAUAUCAGUACUAAAGAAGUCAAAAUCAAAGCUGAAACUUCGGAAAAAAUUAUUGAAGAAUUAUAAUAGCAAAAUCAUAUGUUAAAAUAAAAAUUAGGAGAUAAAAAAUCAAAAUUAACUGCUUUAAGAGAUUAAUUAAAAUAAGCAGAAACUGUUUAUGAAGAACAAGGUUAAAAUUUUGGUAGAGAACUUGAAAGAGUUUAAAAAUUAUGUGAAGAUUUUUCAAAUGAAAUGUAAUCAUAUUUUGUUUUAUUUUUUAUAGAAAAAAUUAAGAAGAACAAAAUAAAGUAUUAGAAGGAGAAUUAUUAAAAUUAAGAGAUGAAUUAAUUAAUAGAGAUGAACAAAUUAGAUAUUUUGAAUAAAUGUAUUAGGAUAUUAGAUACAGAGAUGCUGAUUAAUAAUCAUAAAUUGAAUAUUUAAAUUAAUAACUCAAUUACUAUAAGUCAUAAUUAGAUUAAGCUAUAUAUAAAUAAGAUGAAGCUUAUACUUAAUUAGCUAAAAUUGAAAAAUAACAACAUGUUAUUUUGUAAUCUUAAGAAACCGAAGUUGAAAAAAGAAUUUCCAAUUAUAAAGAUUUACUUGAAAAAAAAAAAUCAAAAAUACAAGAAUAAAAACUAACUAUUGAUAAUUUAAAUUAAAAAAUCACUGAUUUUUAAAGAUUAUUAGAUAACGAAGAAAAAAACAAUUAAAUUUAAAUUUAGGAUUACUAAAAACUAUAACAAAUUAAUUCUGAACUUAAAUCUGUCAUUGAUAAUUAAUAAAACAAAUUGUUAAGUGCAGAAAAUAGGAUACAAAGUCUUGUUCUUGAAAUUUAAGAUUAAAAAUCUGCAUUAUAAAUUAAGAAACAAAAAGUUGAAGAGUUUGAAUUAUAAACUCGAUAAGAUUUUCGUACAAUAGAAUAAGUAUCCUUUAAUGUAUUAUUUUUAGCUUAAAAAUUAAAUUUUAAAUUUAUAAGAACAAACAACUAAAACCUAAUAAUAUAAUCGAGACUUAGAAAAUGAGAUUUAAUUGACAAAACAUGAAAAUAAUAAAACAAUGGAUGAAAUUGAGAUUAAAAUUGAUCAUCUUGUUAAAUAGUUAGCAUAGAGUAAAGAUGAAAUUAAAGAAUAUAAAAAUAGAGAAAAUGAAUUUAAAUAAAAAAUUAAAACUUAGGAAGAUGAAAUACUUAAACAUGCUUAAAAAUGUGCAAAAUAUAAAUAACAAAUUGAAUAGAGUUAGUAUUCUUUAAAAUAAGUAAAUUUUAAAAAUAAUUUUAUAGAUUGAAGAAAAAGUUAGAAUUUAUGAAAGUGAAAGAGAGAUUCAGUCAAGAUAAGUAUUAUAGGUAAAAUAAGAAUAAAAUACAACAUAAAAUAAAUUAAGAGUUUUAGAAGAUAUCCAUUCCUUGAUCAAAAUGCAUAAAAAAAUAUGA